AUGACCAACAUCCGUAAAACCCACCCAUUACUUAAAAUCAUCAACCACUCCUUCAUUGACCUCCCAGCACCAUCUAACAUUUCCGCAUGAUGAAACUUCGGCUCACUACUAGGCCUUUGCUUAAUUAUUCAAAUCCUUACAGGAUUAUUCCUAGCAAUACAUUAUACAUCAGAUACAUCAACUGCAUUUUCAUCAGUCACCCAUAUUUGCCGAGACGUAAACAACGGAUGAUUAAUCCGAUAUCUUCACGCCAACGGUGCUUCCAUGUUCUUUAUCUGCUUAUUCACACACGUAGGACGAGGAAUCUAUUAUGGAUCCUACCUAUUCCUAGAAACAUGAAACAUCGGAAUUAUCCUUUUAUUCGCUGUUAUAGCUACUGCUUUCAUAGGCUAUGUGCUACCAUGAGGCCAAAUAUCAUUCUGAGGAGCUACCGUAAUUACAAACUUAUUAUCAGCAAUUCCUUACAUCGGUACCACCCUAGUAGAAUGAAUUUGAGGUGGAUUUUCAGUAGACAAAGCUACUCUAACCCGGUUCUUCGCAUUUCACUUCAUCCUACCAUUCAUCGUAGCAGCCCUAACAAUAGUUCACCUACUAUUUCUACACGAAACUGGAUCAAACAACCCAUCAGGAUUAAACUCAGACGCAGACAAAAUCCCAUUCCACCCAUAUUACACUGUAAAAGACCUUCUUGGAGUCCUAAUACUCUUACUAUUUCUACUAUUACUUACACUAUUCUCACCAGACUUACUAGGAGACCCAGAUAACUACAUCCCAGCAAACCCACUCAACACACCACCACACAUCAAACCAGAAUGAUACUUCCUAUUUGCAUACGCCAUUCUCCGUUCCAUUCCAAAUAAACUUGGUGGAGUCCUAGCCCUCGUAUUUUCAAUCCUCAUUUUAGCCGCAUUCCCCCUUUUACAUAUAUCCCAUCAACGUAGCCUAAUAUUCCGACCACUCAGCCAAUGCAUAUUCUGAAUCCUAGUAGCAGACCUUUUUACUCUCACAUGAAUUGGAGGCCAACCAGUUGAACACCCAUUUAUCAUCAUUGGACAAUUAGCCUCAAUCUUAUACUUCACUAUUAUCCUUGUUCUAAUACCAGUCUCAAGCAUAAUUGAAAACCGACUAUUAAAAUGAAGA